AUGUCUUCAAGUUCUUCCGAUGAAUUUAUCAUUCCCCCUCCGUUUCUCCAAUUAUCUACCGGUAGUACGUUUGAUUUUUUUCAAAACGCGAUCAACGAAAUAGAAGAACUUGAAGACUCGGGAAGCUCUCAUGAAAGCCGAACCUAUAUCGAUCGUGAGAGAGAAGCCACGCAUAGCAAACUCAUGCGCGACUACUUCGGCGAAAACCCAAAGUUUGGGGAGCGUUGGUUUCGCCAUCGCUAUCGUAUGAGCCAACGUUUGUUUUUGAAGAUUGUUGCCGACAUUGAAGCUACUUUCCCGUAUUUUCAAGAUGGAGUAGACGCGAGGGGAAGAAAGAGUUUCUCGCCGAUACAAAAAUGCACGUCGGCAAUUAAACAACUUUCAACGGGUGAAUCGGCGGAUAACUAUGAUGAUUAUACAUGUAUGGCCGAAAGAACAAGCCGGGAAGGUCUCGAGUAUUAUUGUGACGCGGUUAUUCAUUUGGCAUACCUCGAUGACCCAGCAGCUCAACCACCACCGAUCGAGGAUUUGAUUUAG